GAAGUUAAAAGCAUCGAGCAUUUCGCUCUUCAUGCUGGUAUCGACUCAUAUCUAUUCGUUGUUAUAUUCGUUCGUGUAGUCGGUGUACAACGAGGAGAUUACUAUUUGAAUAUAUAUCGAGUUUUGAAUACCCAGAAGGGUUCACAAGUUGCAGGAGCCAACGUUAACAAGGAGUACUGUAAUAAUUAAUCUACAAAAAUAGUAAGGAAGAACUUAUUUAAAAAAAGUACUUCAUUGGCGAAAUACCUUAAGCUACAGAUAACUAAGGAUUUCAUUAAUAUUACGGAUUGUGGAUAUUCAAGAAAGAUGCUAAUAAAAAACCAGGAGGCACUUAAAAGUUGGCUGGUUGUAGUUCUGGAGCCUCUAUGCGAUGCGGACUCUUCGGCUCUAGCUCGUUACGUUCUAGCAUUGUUGAAGAAGGAUAAACCCGAAAAGGAACUUAAAAAACUAAUGAUAGAGCAACUUGACGUAUUCUUAGGAGAGGAAACAAAGCCUUUCGUUGAGAGGCUAUUUGAUGCUAUAAACACGGAGGAAUACUUUACGAACAUUUUACUUCCUACCACAAAAAUGGUUGAGGACACUUGUGUUGAAAAAUUUGGUGUAUCGGAAGUGCUUGAAACAAAAGGGUUAUCCCAAGAAACAUCAAAUGGUAAUGAACCGCCAGUGAAAACUUCAGACACCCUGCCGAAUGCCAUUUGUGCUGCCGAAAAAGUCCAAACGCCACCAAUAGAUGACAAUAAAACCAAAGAUGUGGUUAACACUUGUGAUCCCGAUAAUCAAACACCAGAUGCUACAGGUCGCCUUGCCCAUUAUACUGCGACAAUUAAGAGUGAGACUCCUUCAGUCACUUUGCAAACACAACAUUCAUACACAGGCACCAACAGUCAUCAUGUUCGAAGUGCAAGUCCCCCACUAAGAGCGAAUGCUGAUAAGGAGAACCAACCACGUGAGAGUCGAAGACGUCGUGCUUCGCUUCGGUCUCGUUCACGGUCACGUUCCCGAUCACGAUCAAAUGAAAGGAUAUCGCGGCGAUCUCGUUCUCGUGACCGUCGAAUAAAUGAACGUGAAAAAAUGCAACGUCAAUUCCGUAAUAAAUCUCCGCCUACGACUGAUAUACGGCAUGUGGGAUCCCAUGACAGACGUCGUUGUGGGGGUGGAAGUGGUAACGAUCGCAGACGAAUUGGGAAUAGUGGUAGUAUGACGGGCACAGACGACCGAUCACCUCGGUUUGGUGGUAGUGGUGGAGAGGGUGGUGGUCGUAAAAAUCGACAAAAUCGUUCGAAUUCCAGAAGUCGCUCGCCAUCUUUGGAACGUGGAAGUAGAAUUAAAGGAUCUCCAAAUAUAUCGCGAAGUCUUCGGGUAUCCCCUGAUCGCCAUAAUCUUCAUUCACAAGGUCAACAUGAACCCGAAAAGCGGCAACGAUGUCGUGACUUCGAUGAAAAAGGAUACUGUGUUAGAGGAGAGACGUGCCCUUGGGAUCACGGUAUUAAUCCAGUGGUGUUUGAAGAUAUCAAUAAUUCGGCGUUAAUAGGCAUGUCACUUCCGGAAUACAAUCCGGAUGCACCCGAUUUAUGGAUGAGAUCUACCUCUGGAGCAAUGGUUGGUGUUUCGCCAGGAUCACUCAUGACAAGUGGUUCUGGUGUAGGAGGUGGAGUUAAUGCCCCAGGCAUAAAUCCGUUUACCGGCGUUGCGAGGGGAGCUGGAAUAUUGCCCGUACCUGGAGUUUCUGCCACGGUGGGUUUCCCGCAGGUUGGCUCUGGUGCAGAUAAGCAAAGCAAUAACGCCGGACAAAUUACCGCAGACUACACCCGCAAUUCUAAUUCAGGCUCUGGUUUCAGAGUGGGUACGCCAAUGCUCCCUUUUCCUUUCAACACAUCUGCAGUUACAGCUCCACUUCAGCGGGAACUAAUUCCAAUACCAGUAGUUGAUGCAGGCAAUACCGCACCAGGUGGUGAUAUAAGUCAAAUACAACAGGGUAAGCGUCGUUUUGAUUUGGAAGACUCAGUAGCAAUAGCCGAUGGACCAACGAAACGUAAACUGCCGCUUAACAGCCGUCUUGGACCGCGUUUACCUAGUAUUCAAAAUAACUGUUCUUUGGAACUGCGAAAGAUACCGCGAGGUCUAAAUACAAUCGCUCAUCUUAAUAAUCAUUUUGCAAAAUUUGGAAAAAUCGUUAAUAUACAGAUAUCUUAUGAUGGGGAUCCGGAGGCAGCCAUUGUGACAUUUUCUACACAUGCGGAAGCAAACGUUGCUUAUCGCAGUACUGAGGCUGUGCUUAAUAACCGCUUCAUAAAAGUAUUUUGGCACAGUCAAGAUGUAGGUGCAUUAAUUAACGAUGCCUCCCCUAUAUCCUUAGGCAAUGCCCGAAAAAAUAGUCAAUACCAUUUAAAUAAUGUACCGGCUGUUCCGACACCGACAGCUGAUUCAGCUAAAACUGCGAAUGAUAAUGUUUCAAAUCAGGGUACAAGUUCGUCUGGAAACGGAGUGAAUCCUUCACCUGUUAGUGAUACAGCAAACUUAACAAGCGUUAACACGCCAAUAGCAGCUGCACAUGUACCACCAACAUCUUUGCGGUUAAAAAAUAAUGUGACACGUGGUCACUCUACGGGUGCUUCAAAUGCCAUUAUACGUAAAAAGCAAGAAGAGCAAGCCAAAGCUGUUGUUCAACUUGCCAACGGUCUUCGCAAAAGAAAACAAGAACUGUUGCAGAGUUACGUAAAACAAAUGAAAUCGGCGUUGGAGUUGGUGGAACGCUGCGAACAAAAUGAUCCUCAACGUACUAAGACUCUUGAAACAAUUAAAGUAUUGCAAGAGACUAUCGAUAAAUUACGGAAAGAGAUUGCCGCUGAACAAGAACAAAUGCAAGCACAAAUACAAAAUCAACAUCCACCUCCAACAAAGAAGACUAAAGAGCAGCAAAAGAAAGAAUUGCUUGACAUUGAAUUGGAGUUGAUUGCUCAACAACAAGAGGGAAAUGACACAACAGUCAUUCAGAAACGCCUUGAAGAACUGCAGCGUAGUCUUGGAAUAGUUCCUGGAAGUGGAGCAGUUGGUGCAUUACCUGCUCAUCCACAACCAGUCGGUGGUAAAGUGCCGCACUUUCCGCCUAGCCGAACAAAUCCCCGAACUCGCCCAUCAUUUCCUGAAGUAUCCACACGUGUUGAUCGCCGACCAAAAGCUAUAGUGGUUACAGGGUUUACAAGUGAAGAGUCUGACCUUGUGCUAGGUCAUUUUAAGAAUUUCGGAGAGAUAAUCAAACACGAUAUGGACAAAGAAAUACCCCAACUCAUAUUGUCUUAUGCUACUCGGAUAAAUGCAGAGCAAGCCGUAUUGCGAGGAAAAGUUUUUAAAGAUAAACGUUUACAAAUAUCCUGGGCUCCGAUUGUAUACACAACAUCAGCAACUUCUGGUGGCUUGAUGACUGAUAAGUCGUCUAAGAAAGAUGGAAAGUCGAAUGCUCCGGAUACUACCAAAUUGGCCACAACUCUCAAUACUAGUGACAAACAAAGUAGCGAUUUGGAGAUCACUGGAGAAACAUUGCCCGAACUCCGGCUGGAAGAUGAAGAGGAGGAUGAGGAAUCUGAGGAUCGCUCGUGGCGACGCUGAUCGCGAAACAAUGCGAAGACCAUAGUUCGCUAUUGCUUUAGUGUAUAUUUUAGUUAAGUAUGUGACGCAAACACAUCCUAACCAAAAUAAGUAAAAUUUGGCACUUGAUAAAUUAAUUGCCUGAUUUAUGGUUACAACUAACAUACUUACAUUGCAACACCUUUACUCAUCUGUUUCGGUGGCGCAUAUCGUAGCGCAGCGUUAAAAAUAUUGUAAUGAAAUAUCACUGAUCAUUACAGGGCUUUUGUAUUUGGAAGAUUGCAAAAACGUAUACGCUUCGCUAUGAUGCGCGUUAACAAACUACUAGAGCAUUAAUUUAAAACCAAAAUGGGAAGAACAUUUAAAUUAAAAUCAAAUUUAAAGUAAAAAUAGCAACGGGCAUAUGUAUAAUAUAAAGUUUAUAAAUACCACUGUUGCUUAUUAGAUUUAUCUACCAUAUAAAAAAUAAAAUAUGUAAUAUAUAUUAAAGUUAUAGGCAAGGAGUCACACUUUUACAUACAUAUAAAUAAAUAUAUAUUUACAGACUU